AUGCAAAGAAUCAAAAGAACCUUUACAUUACAUCAUAUACACAAAAAUCUAAACCAACAAAACCACAUAGAAUAUUGUACGAAUCAGAUAAAGUUGAAAAAAACUUGUUUGAAAUGUGGAGGUAUACUUGGUAGCACGCUUCCAGAAUUGGGUUUUCUAGGCAAAAGUGCUUUAUAUGGGAAGGCUGUUAAAAGGUCUACUGAUGCUGCCUUUGAAGAGGGUAUUGCUUCAGUUCUUUAUGAAUUAAAAGAAAUAACUGUUAUCGAUAUUUUAUAG